AAUACAUCAAUUGGACAUAGACUGUGAUUCCGGAAGACAGUCAUUGUUGGAUUGAAUUUGAAGAAGUAGAGAAAUCGUUGCAAGCAAUUCUCUUUGUCAUCUACAUAUACAGAUAUAUAAGCUCAAGUAGGAGAAUUACAUUGGUCAGACAAGAUGCCGCAAGUGAGGAUUGUGGCUAGAAACUUUAUGGAUAUGGUGGCAUCCUUGCCUCCGGUGAAACUUGACAAGCUGUAUGAAAAUUCAUUCAUAUGCGAAGCUAUCUUGAGAUCUUUGCCUCCACUAGCAAAAAAGUAUGUGCUGCUGCUUCUGUAUAUAGAGGGUCCAGUAUCAGCAAAGUGGCUGGAAGAAUGGAUUCUUGCUGACGGUGCCUCGAAGCAUAAAGUAGCUAUAGACAGGCUCAUUCAGCUGAGAGUCCUGACUGAAACUGUUGAACGGAAGAAAGAAGCUACUUACCAAUUUAAUCCGCCAUUUCAGCGGAAUCUCCAGAAGCACAUACUGCAUGGUGGAGUUUCACCUAGGGAACCAAUGCCGUCAAACGUCACUGUGAGGCUUCCCAGUACAGAGGAAUUAGAUGCCUAUGCUGUCGAACAGUGGGAGUUGUUUUUGCUGCACCUAAUAAACUCUACCGAAGUGGAAAGGUCGAUGAACAUAAGCUCCUCGAUGAUGAAAGUGUUCCAGCAUGGUCUUCUCAGUCAAAAAGAUGAUAAGGAACCUUCAAGAUUGACGGAGAGCGGCUUCCAGUUUCUGCUGAUGGACACGAAUGCACAACUUUGGUACAUAAUUAGAGAAUAUAUAACUAACUGUGAGGAACAAGGUGUGGAUACAGCUGACCUUAUAUCAUUCCUGUUGGAGCUCAGCUUUCAUGUUAUGGGAAAGGCGUAUAACCUAAACACUUUGUCAGAUAUACAGAGGACCAUAGUAAAGGAUCUUGUUGAUUUGGGAUUGGUAAAGCUCCAGCAGGGCAGGAAGGAGAGUUGGUUUAUUCCUACUAAACUAGCUACCAAUCUCUCCAUUAGCCUAGCGGAUACGGCAACCAGAAAACAGGGCUUUGUUGUCGUGGAAACGAACUUUCGGCUGUACGCAUAUUCAACAUCUAGAUUGCAUGUUGAGAUCUUGCGCUUGUUUGCAAGGGUCGAAUACCAGCUACCUAACCUUAUUGUUGGCUCUAUCAACAAAGAGAGCUUGUAUAAAGCAUUUCUAAAUGGCAUUACCGCGGAGCAGAUAGUGUCGUUUCUUCAGCAGAAUGCUCAUCCUCGAGUCGCGGAGAAGAUACCUACUGUGCCCGAAAACGUCACUGAUCAGAUUAGGUUAUGGGAAGCAGAUUUGAAUAGAGUGGAGAUGACGCCUGCGCAUCUCUAUGAUGAAUUCCCAUCAAGGGACGUCUUCGAAGCCGCCUGUGACUUUGCCCGAGAAUACGGGUGUUUACUGUGGGAAAACUCGAAGAAGAUGCGGCUCGUCGUCAAGGGAGAAAUCUUCACGCAGAUGAAAGAAUUCUUGCGCCGGCAGAAGCAAUAGUGUUGUGAUAGAAUAGAGCAAUUGUGUAAUCGAGACAAACAUAAAUGUGAAGAAGACACAGUUUAACGUGGUUCACCAACGUUGUUGGCUACGUCCACGGGUGGAAACGGAGAACAUAUUUUAUUCAAAGUGUUUUCGGAUUA